AUGCAACGUGUUCAUGAACUUGUUUGCUUCGUCGAGGAUCAUGCCGACGAGAUCAACGAAGAUGGCACGAUUCCUCACCAGUUCCUUCGCGAUGCCAAAAGAGCGGACAACUGCCCUACGGAAGUCCUGAACGCCAUCCUCGGGAAAUUACCAGAAGCAAUUCUGAUGAACUUUGGUGGAGCUAUGCCUCUGCUAGAGUUCAUCAGGAGACGCUCGCAAAGGAUGGUUCGUGUCGUCAUCGAAUUCAUGGCACAAGAUAUGAAGAAGCGCAACUUAGCUUCUUUAGCCACACUGACCUUCAGUUUCGCUGAAACCUGGUUUGAAGAGAACGAGCAGAAUCCCGACACCAUAGAAGCUGGUCGAGAUAUUAUUCGAGCUGCCUUCAACUUCAACGAGAAGCCCAACGAGUUGCUCCCGGUUGACAUAGACCUUCUAGAGAUCCUCGUCAACCUUGCGGCCCCAGAGAUGCUCGUUAAAAUCAACAGUGAAUUGAGCCCGCUGGAGCAAGUUCUGCGUUUCGAUUUGUGUCUCAGCAACUCCGACCGCCAACUAGCAUUGGCGAUGCUAAUUCUUGACAAAUGCCCCGAUAGCAUCCACGAUUUGAUGACCAAAGAGCCGUCUGUUCUCGAGGGUGGAGGAAAAGAAGGUCAGGUCUCGCGUCGUCCGCUAUUGCGCAAUGGAGGUCUCCCAAAUCGGAGGAAACCGAAAGAGAUACGCUUCACGAAACAAGAUGUUGAGGCUGCAGACAAAGCCAGUGAUGAGAUUUGUAAGGAGCUCGGAGUUCGCUUUCUGCGGUCGACUGUUUUCCACAAAGAUGAGACGAGGAACGCCUUCCGGGAGAUUGACACCGAAAUCCAGCGAUUUUUCGGAAAUCACGAACAGCAUUACUAUUUUGCAAUGGAUACGGCUAAGGAAUACCGUGAUAUGACAGAGACCCAGCCGGCUACGAUCCUUCUUGAGAAUGAUCAGAAAACUCCUAAUGGCUCAUCCCGCUAUACUGAUCAUCUUCAAUUCUUCAAUUGGUUCAGGGAGUGGGGUGUUCGCAAGAUCUUCAAGGUUGUUGUCUAUGACGGCGACCACCCUCACCGAGACGAGGAGGUUGAAAAGGCUCUAGCGGGCUUCGUGCACGGGAAAAAGAAGUAUGCCUCUUUUGAUGUCGAAGUUCUCGACUGGCACAAGGAAGAUCUCUGCCCUGAGGUGAUACAGACAGCGACGCCGCAGGUUCGCGAACUUCAUCUACAUUGGAGUGGUCGGAACUCUGUCCUGCGUGGAUGGAGCGAGCCUGAGGGACUACCUGCCCUUGAAUAUCUGCAAAAGGUGUAUAUCUACUACACAGCACCAUCGAUCGAGGAAAGUCGCAUACGCAAGAACAUUGAAAGCUUCACAAGGCGCAUGAAUAAGCCAAGGCGAUGUCCGGCGAAGAUGGGACAGACGAAUCAGAACUCAACUAGUACUCAGGCGCCAGUACACAUGCAGUUGUCCAGGCAGUCAACCCUGGCCCAAGCACAUGAACAGUUCGACGACGACUGCAAGAGCCUACCAACCAUUCAAACUGUCGAUGUGGGCAGAGUAACGCCGACAGGCGUAUCUGGGGCCGAUCGUGCUGCGGGUUCUGCCUCAGAAUUUGUAGAACAGCCCUGGUUCAAGUAUGUUGAGGAGUUUAUUUCGAUUAUCCCCACACCGGAAGAACUGCCAGACUAUGACUUCAAGAACCCUCACUUGCGUCGAGCUAUCAAAGCGGCCAUAGAGCAGGAUGUCGACAUUAUUAGUAUGUCUUGGACCAUCCGUAACGGCAACAAUAAGAUUCCAGAAGCCACACUCAUGGAGCUACGCAAUGUCGUGAGCGCAUGUGAGGGCACCGGCAGUCAACGCCGUCGGAUACCCAUCAUGUUUUGCGCAGCGAGCGACGAUGGAAUCCAAGGACGCAGUCAGCACGGUAAUAGGGAAGAGUUCCCGCGGGAAAUUAACAACGUCAAAGUGCUCUGCAUCGGUGUUGCUGAUCCUCACGGGCAGGUCUGGCCAGAAGUUACCGACCAGAAUGGGCUGAACUACCUGUUUCCAGGCGUAGAUAUCAAGGAUGUUUUUGAAGAUGACAGCCGUGAUUCCGACACCAUAUCAGAGGCCCUGGACUCUCAAAUCAGCGAUCUCGUUACUAGGAAUGAACGUACAGGCUCGUCGGUUGCCACAGCUCUUGCAGCUGGCCUCGCAGCGCUUAUUAUCCACUGCACCAAGCUGGGACACUACUACACCAAUGCAUGGAAAGGCCCCGAGUCUCGCCGCGAAGAGACCAUCACACAGCAGUUUGUCGAUCAGAUCGCAACUUAUGAGGGCAUGCAAAAUGCUCUUGAUAAUCUGAGUUCUGGCAGUCGGAGCGGGACAAAGUAUGCGAACCCAAGCAAGGAUUUCGCGUGUGCGAUUCAGGACCUGAGGCAAUAUGAUGUACAAGGUGGAGCAGCGAACAACUUGCCUCAGUCUCUGAAACCUAUCGCAACUCUAUGUCGAAAUCUAUGCAGGAUAUGA